AUAAAAUGAAAAACAUGUAAGAAGACAAAAUGGACUAAGAAGUCAGUUGAUCCCUGAGGGCCUUGGAGAAGGAGAAAGUGUGUGGAGUAUUCUUAUCCUGGGAGGUUUAACCAGCUAUGAUCUGGUGUAGACUGUCUCAGGCCCUUUAUGUGCUCAAGGUGUCGUGUAAAAGCCAGAAAGCCAGCCUGACUCUUUUUUUUUAAUUAAUUAAUUUAUUUAUGAUAGUCACAGAGAGAGUGAGAGUGGCAGAGACAGAGGCAGAGGGAGAAGCAGGCUCCAUGCACCGGGAGCCCGACGUGGGAUUCGAUCCCGGAUCUCCAGGAUCGCGCCCUGGGCCAAAGGCAGGCGCCAAACCGCUGCGCCACCCAGGGAUCCCCAGCCUGACUCUUAACAUAAAGAGUGAAACUCACUUUUUGACAAAGGGCAUGGAAAAAAUAAGAGGAGGAGUAAUAUUCCAGAACAGUAAGACAUAACUCUUUAAAAUUUAGCAGUCAACCAUAGGACAGUCUUUUUGGGCUUGGAAAGAAAUGUUAUUGUAUUUCAUCUAUAAUUACACAGAUGAGACAGUUAUAAUCGCCAGGGAGCACAUACUCUCCAUCUGUUAUAGAUGAGAUACAACAAUUAUAAAUGAAAUACAACAACUAAUACAAUAGCUAAAGGCCAAGUUAACAAAUUGUGGUCUGUGGUCAUUUAUUUGUAAGUGUUAAUUUUGGGGUUAAGCACUGAGCUUUUGCCUUGAUUGUAACCUUGACUGAAUAAAAGCAUUUGCAUAUUUCAAAUACAUUGGUUUUGAUACCAAGUAAUUAGACUAAGGAACUAUUUCAUGUGCUCAUAAUUCUAAAAAAAAUUAAUUUCAAGAUUAGCAAAGAACAGAUGUUCUUAUCUAUGUUAGUUGGUGGCAGUGUAUCAUCCAUAGCAUAAUUUUAAAAAGUCCUUAAUUUUUCCUCUAUUGCCAUUAAUUGGACUUCUGCCGUAAAGUUUAUAAAUCUAUAGGCUCAUAACACCUUUAGCGCACAUUACUUUGAUUUGCAUUAAUGAUUACUAGGCAUGGUAGUUUUCAAUACAGACUUAUUGACCUGGAAAUAAGGAAACAAAUGAAAUAGGUCCAUCAGAAAGAUGUGAAACUAGGUACUGGAAACAAAAUGGAAGAGAAGUUAAUAACACCUAAUGGUAGUUCUUAAAUUUUUAACAAAAUUGUAUAACCAUGACUCUCAGAUAUAAAAUGAACACACGUCAAAAAAUUCAUUUAAAGGGCACCUAGCUGGCAGUCAGUAGAGUGUGAGACUUGGGGUUGUAUGAGCCCCAUGUUGGGUGUAGAGAUUACUUAAAAAUAAAAUCUUUUUUCUUAAAUAUUUAUUUAUUUAUUUGGGGGGGGGAGAGAAAGAGGGAGGGGGAGAGAGAGAGAACAGGAGCAGGAGGGGCAGAGGGAGAGGGAAAGAGAAUCUCAAGCAGACACCAUGCUCAAUCCAGGGCUUGAUCCCUGAGGUCACAUGAGCUGAAAUCAAAAGUCAGAUGCUUAACUGACUGUGGCACACCAAGCACUCCAAAAAUAAAAUCUUAAAAUUGUUUUUUCAUUUAACUCAUUAAUCAAUGUGGGAACCAGUAAGAUGUUGCCACCAAUUCAAAGAAGUAAUCAAAGGACCAGACUACAUAGGCAGUUAGGAAUGCUUAAGUAAAUCUGCUUUAACAGAUGCAAAACUGGUGAAACCGGCCAAUAUCCACAGAACAAAAAUCAACAGAAUCCCUACAAACAUAAUUUGCAUAUUUAUGGACAAGAAUUAUUUGCAUUAUUGUCAAUAUCCAGUAACUUAUGGAAUUGUAAAAUAGCUCAAAGAUGAUGAAAGGCAGUGAGAUAAGACCCCACAGAAUCAGAUAACCUGAAUAAUGUUUAGCUUCCCACUGGGACACCCAGCAAUCCUUUUAUUUUUUUUGAGAGGAGAGAGAGUGCAUGGGAGGACAAGGGUGGCCUAGGGGAAAGGGGGCAGAGGGAGAGGGAGAGAAUCUGAAGCAGGCUCUAUGCUCAGAAUGGAGGCCAAUGUGGGGCUCAAUCUCACAACCCUGAGAUCAGGACCUGAGCUGAAAUCAGGAGUUAAAUACCUAAUGCACUGAGCCACUAAGGCAUGCCAUUUUUGUUCCUUUUAAAUAUUUUCUUCUUUUUUAAAAGAUUUUAUUUAUUUAUUCAUGACACACACACACACACACACACAGAGAGAGAGGCAGAGACACAGGCAGAGGGAGAAGCAGGCCCCACGCUGGGAGCCUGACCUGGGACUCGAUCCUGGGUCUCCGGGAUCACAUCCUGGGCUGAAGGCUGCGUUAAACUGCUGAGCCACCUGGGCUGCCCUAAAUAGUCUUUCUUAAUGUUUUCCCUACAUAGCUGUUAAAUGAUUUCUGUUAAAUGCUAUUUAUGGGUAGACACAUGAGGAGGUGCCUUAAAUAUAUUAGCUUCUUUAAUUCUCCUAAGAACUUUAGGGGGUAGGAUUUAUUAUUAUUUACAUUUCGUAGAGGAGGAAUCUGAGGCUCAAGAAAAGGUAAGUCGGUCACCGAGGGUCACAGAGAUAAUAGGAGAGAUAGUGGGAGGUGGAGCCAGGGACUGAAUCCAGGUUUCCCAUCAGCUAUGAAGCCACAGAUGUGAGCCUGUGAAGGUAAAAAAAAAAAAAGGAUGGAUCUGACCAAUUUUAUUACAUUAGGAAGAGGGCAAAGGGAAGGAUGACUCCCAAGUGUUCCCUCUGGUUGUAAGAGGGGGAAUAGUGUCCAGGUAAAUAAAGAGACCAACAAGGGGAAUUAGUUUGACUUGGUUUGCAGACAGGUUGACUUUGAAGUAAUGGGAAGAUGUCCAGAUGGAAAAGUCCAGCUGGGCAGGAGAUCAGAAUUGGAGACGCACAGGAGUGAUUUUUUCUUUCUCCUCUUAUGGAUCAGGUUUAAAUUGUGGCAUUGAAAACACUGGUGUGUGUCCAUCAGGGCGGAAGGACAGAAGCCCAGAGGGAAAAGAGAGUUUGAUGCGGGAGGAACUGAGGUCCUGCACAGGCUGCAGAGAGGCAGUCUCAGGGGGCCAGUCUCAAGCAGGUGACCUGUAGGUCCAGGUAACGAGGUCCAGUCCUUCGGGCUUAGGGAGCCGGGGGCUGAGAAGUAAAGGGAGGCCACAUGGCGGAGGGAGGGGCCGAUGCAAUGCGCAGCGCAGACUGUCAGGCAAGCAGGGUCAGGACCAGGUGCGCCCUCCAGCAAGCACCCGUCUGGCGGCCGCAUGAUCGUCCAAACGUGCGGGCAGGUGUCCCCGGGAUGCAGACGCGGGCAGGGACGGCGGGGCCGUCGCUCUUGGCGACCAGACCCGCCUCAAUACUCCAAGGGCGGCGGCUCGGAGGGCAAAGGAGGCUCCCCCCGUGCGGCCCAUACCUGAAAGCUGUAAGGAAACGGGAUUAUGAAGGCUAUUUAUGCUCCCUGCUGUUCCCUGCAGAAUCCAGAAGCUCUGCCUUUGCACUGAGAGCCUUCAAUGUGGAACUGGCUCAGGUUAAGGACUCUGUCUCUGAGAAAACAAUUGGACUGAUGCGAAUGGCAUUUUGGAAAAAAACAGUGGACGAUAUAUACUGUGAUAACCCACCCCAGCAGCCUGUGGCCUUGGAGCUGUGGAAGGCUGUGAAAAGACAUAAUCUGACUAAAAGAUGGCUUAUGAAAAUCAUUGAUGAAAGAGAAAAGAAUUUAGAUGACAAAGCGUAUCGUAAUAUCCAGGAAUUGGAAAAUUAUGCUGAAAACACACAGAGCUCUCUUCUUUACUUAACACUGGAAAUAUUGGGUGUAAAGGAUCUUCAUGCAGAUCAUGCCGCAAGUCACAUUGGCAAAGCACAUGGCAUCGUCACUUGCUUGCGAGCGACACCCUAUCAUGGUAGCAGGAGAAGAGUGUUCCUUCCUAUGGACAUCUGUAUGCUGCAUGGUGUUUCACAAGAGGAUUUUCUACGGAAGAACCAGGAUAAAAACGUGAGAGAUGUGAUCUAUGACAUUGCCAGCCAGGCACACCUGCACCUAAAGCAUGCUAGGUCCUUCCACAAAAGUGUUCCUGUGAAAGCGUUUCCUGCUUUUCUUCAGACGGUUGCCCUGGAGAACUAUUUAAAGAGGAUCCAGCAGGUGGAUUUUGACAUAUUCCACCCGUCUUUACAGCAGAAGGAUACGCUACUCCCCUUAUCACUGUAUAUUCAGUCGUGGAGAAAAAGAUAUUAAAGUAACUUUACGGCGCUGCUCUUUA